UUAUCAUCAGUGACAGUGACAAUGAUAGCGAUACGAUAUAACAGUGGAAAAAAAAUUAUGAGAAACAAAAGGAAAGAAACUGAGUUUUAAUCUUUCUAAAGAUCAGAGCAAACAAUGGAGACCGGAGAUGUAGAUGUAGGAGAAGAGGUCAACAACAAGAGGGUGAAACUCAAAGACUUCAUUCAUGGCUUCCCCAAAGAAUCAGACAUGUUCAUAACAAAUGAUCCCAUAAAGCUGAAGAUUCCAGAAGGAUCUAAUGCAGUUCUUGUCAAAAUCCUUUACUUAUCAAUAGAUCCUUACCAGUAUAUUCGAUCCACAAGAAUUGACAAUCCUGAUUACUUCUCUUCCUACCCUCCUGGUUCUGUGAUGACAAGUUAUGGAGUAGGUAGAGUAAUGGAUUCUGGAAAUCCAGAUUUCAAGAAAGAUGACCUAGUUUGGGGAACGACAGGAUGGGAAGAGUUCUGUCUCAUUACAGAACCUGAAACUCUCUUUAAAAUUCAUCAUACAGAUGUACCCCUUUCCUACUAUUUGGGAAUCCUUGGGAUGCCAGGUUUGACAGCUUAUGUUGGGUUUAAUGAGCUUUGUUCUCCAAAGAAAGGAGAAAGGGUUUUCAUUUCCUCAGCAUUUGGUGCUACAGGCCAGGUUGUCGGACAACUUGCAAAAUUGAUGGGUUGUUAUGUGGUGGGUAGUGCAGGAAGUAAAGAAAAGGUUGAUGUAUUGAAGAACAAACUUGGGUUUGAUGAGGCUUUCAACUACAAAGAAGAAAAGAACUUCGACCAAGCUUUGAAAAGGUACUUUCCUGAAGGCAUUGACAUAUGUUUCGAGAAUGUUGGAGGAAAUAUGCUCGAUGCAGUACUACUGAACAUGAGGAUCCAUGGCCGCAUUGCUCAGUGUGGAAUGAUUUCACAGUACACUCUUGAUCAACCUCAAGGCAUAAAAAACCUAAUGUGCAUUAUUUAUAAAAGGCUUCACUUGGUAGGAUUUGUUGUCACUGAUCAUUACCAUUUCUUUCCCAAGUUCUUAGACAUAAUGUUGCCUUACAUAAGAGAAAGGAAGAUGGUGUAUGUAGAAGACCUAGUUGAAGGCCUUGAGAGCUGUCCAGCAGCUCUGGUGGGAAUUUUUAGUGGCAAAAAUGUGGGAAAGCAAGUGGUAAUAGUUGCUCAAGGAUAAAUUUGCUUCAGAAAUUCCAAGUCAUUUGCCAAUAAAUUUAAGAUUAUUCUCAUGCAAGUUAAAAAGGAAUAGCCUUUUUUUUUUUCCUGUAAACAAGAGUCAAAAACUUGGUAUUCAGUCUAAAUUAAUAGUCAGGCGACGUGCAGGGAAAUUCAUAAAUUAGUUGCUUUCAUGUCAACUGUAUAUUAUUUCCUUGCGUUCCAUUUUCCUGGGUAUAUGCCGAUUUUCUAUGGACCUAAAUGAAACAGCAACUCUGUUUUCUA